CAAUGGAGAUGAUGAGUUGAAAUGGGAGGCUCUCGACUUACAGCUCUUUCAAUGGAGAGUCAUCACCCUUCCACACUUUUGUCUAUGGAUUCCAGUGCUUCUUCUCAUGAUGAAUUGGAUUUGGAAAUGAAUCGUCAAAUCGUUCUUCCCCGCCCACCCGAUAUCAAUCUUCCACUGUCUGCCGAGCGUAGCCCGCCCCAGCAGCCAUGGAGCUCUGAUCCAUGUGACAUUUUAGAUGUUGGACUUGGCUCACAGGUUUACGAGACAGAGAGCUUCCUUAGUGUCCCAAAAGUUGGGCGGAAAUGCGUGAAGCGUGUUGAUUGUAUUUGGGGUGCUUGGUUUUUCUUUAGUUUCUACGUUAAGCCGGUGAUGAACGAUAAGUCGAAGGCGAAGAUUAUCCGGGAUAGUAAUGGGGUUUCUGGGUUUGAAAAGUCUGAUCUUAAUUUGGAUGUUUUCAUGGUUCAACAUGAUAUGGAGAAUAUGUAUAUGUGGGUGUUUAAGGAGAGGCCUGAGAAUGCAUUGGGGAAAAUGCAGCUUCGGAGUUAUAUGAACGGUCAUUCUCGUCAAGGUGAGCGCCCCUUUCCGUUUAGUGUUGAUAAAGGUUUCGUUCGAUCUCACAAAAUGCAGCGGAAACACUAUCGGGGUCUCUCGAAUCCUCAGUGUGUUCAUGGAGUUACGGUUGUUACGUCUCCGAAUUUGAUGGUUCUUGAUGAAGAAGAUAGGAAGAGAUGGGUGGAGCUUACAGGCAGGGAUUUGAAUUUCACCAUCCCUCCCGAGGCAAGUGACUUUAGUUCAUGGAGAAAUCUUCCAAACACGGAUUUUGAACUCGAGAGGCCUCCGACUCUUAAGAGUGCCUCGAACUCUCAUUCCAAAAAACUGCUCAAUGGAUCUGUACUGAAUUUGUCAACUCAGCCAUCGAACCAUGCGAACUGUGACGGGAUGGAUUUAUCGCCUGUCAGCAGCAAGAGGAAGAAGGAUUUCUUCUCGAAUGGCAAUGACGACGACUGCUACUUGGCUGUGAAUAAUCACACGACCGAUCGCAUCUCCGAGAUAGAAGUCCACCCGAAUGAGCCACAUUGGUUGAACGAUUUCAGCGGGGUAAUGAAGAAUGUUUACGGACCAGUAACAGCUGCUAAAUCGAUAUACGAGGACGAAGAAGGUUAUUUGAUCAUCAUCAGCUUACCAUUUGUUGAUCUUCAAAGUGUCAAAGUUUCAUGGAGGAACACUGUGACACAUGGGAUCAUAAAAGUAUCGUGUGUGAGCACGUCGGGGAUGCCAUUCAUCAAGAGACAUGAUAGGACAUUCAAGCUCACCGAUCCAUUCCCCGAACACUGUCCCCCGGGUGAAUUUGUAAGGGAGAUCCCUCUAGCAACUCGAAUUCCUGAAGAUGCCAAUAUAGAAGCAUACUACGACGGUCCAGGAUCUGUGCUUGAGAUUAUGGUGCCGAGGCUCCGCAUUGGCCCUGAGGAACAUGAAGUUCGUGUCUGCCUUCGGCCGCACCUGGGAGGAAAUGAUCUUAUGUUAACCUGAGAUGUCUCAUCUGUAUGAGUAACAGUUGUGACUGGAUGAGGUGAGGCAGGCACACUUCAAUGUUUACUAACUAAGCUUCAUUUUAGCGUUCUUUUAUAAUGUACUUUUGUCUUUGCUUCUUAUGUCAUUCUUUGCUCACUAAAUUUAUGUCUCAUAUUUAGAAAUUGAUAUGAACUUAUAUUUGUUUUUUUUUUUUU